GGGCAGGGGUGCCCGGGGCUGGGCAGGGCAAUGCCCGUGUGCGCGGGGGUCGCCCUCAAUCCGUGCUCUUCCCCGUCAAGUGCAGCAUGGCCCGGAGCCGGUGCAGACGCCGCCCCGACAGAGCUGGUCGGCACCGCGGGGGAGACGGUCACGUUUCCUCUCGAGAUCCCGGCAGGGGGGGGAUUAGAUAAUGCGAUUGGCACAGAGAGUCUAGCAAUCGCGGUACCAGGAGACCCCGCGAGUGUCCUUGUCACAGACAGGCGCUAUAGGGGCCGCCUGCGUGUCCCCAACGCCGGCCUCGCACUGCACAUCACCGACCUGAGGCCGGAGGACGCGGGGUCCUACACAGCUAGAGUCAACACGGAUAAAAGCACAUUCACCUGGUUCUUCACACUGCGGGUCUACGAGCGGCUGCCCCAGCCCACGAUUCACUGCAAUGCCCAGAGCUGUGCAAAUGGACUCUGUAGCACCACUCUGAGCUGCACCAUCCCCAACGGAGGCAGCAAAGUGACCUACAGCUGGAGCACCCCACAGCCCCUCAGUAUGACCAGUCAAGGAUCCAUUGUGGUCAUCUCUCACCCAGAUCUUAUGAUAAAUGUCACGUGCACAGUGCAGAGCCCCACCAGCAGCAGCUCCAUGACAGCCUCUGCCAAGGCCCUUUGUGCAGCAAACGCGUCUGCCCAGGCCUCAUCGCUGUCCUACUGCCAGGCCAAGGGGCUCAUCCUGCUGUUGGUGCUGGGGGUGCUGAUCACUGGGACCGUGGCAGUGCACAUCAUGGCUGGCAGGCAGCCCAAACAGGACUGAGCAGGGCCCAGCCCACAGCAGCCCUGCUCCACUCCCGGAGAGAAGGAUGUGGGAGGCUGCAGCACGGAGGAGAAGCAGCCGGUGGGCUGUGGGGUCUGACUCCGAGUGUCAGAGACCAGUUCCUAAAGCAGCACGGAUGCCCUGGACAAGUGCCACCCCAUCGCUGCCUCCUCCCCUGCCCAGUGGGGCCAAAUGAUCAUGACCCCCAGUCUACAGGACAGUAACCGGCUGGGCUCAGGGGCCCACAGACAGGGGCGAGACACAGCACCGCUGUCCCGGCGGCAGCUGCAGCCUCGAAACAAACUUGCCCUCCUCUGCACUGUCUGUCUCUGAACCCUCAGGGUCAAACCUCCCCCAAUGCCCCAAGAGCCCCAUGAGGUUGCACCAUGGCCCCCAGGGCUUGUUCAGCCAUCAGCAAGGUGGGUGCCAACGUCUGUGGGAGGCAGGAUCUCCACUGGUAGGGGUAACACCCGAGCACCCCUCCCCACCCUCAUUUCCCUUUUGCAGCAAACCCAGCCCAGCCCCAUCAAGGAGGAGCUCCCAACAAGCCUUGCUGCCUGCCCCCACACUUCCUGCUUCUCCUUGAAAGCCUGCCUCCACUGCACCCACCCCGGUGCCCGGCCUGGCCCCUGACCUGCUGCUCUGCCCAGGCGGGGCACUGCUCUACUGCUGGGCCAAGGGGCUCUACCUGCUGCCACCUGCCCCGGUGCCCAGGGGAGGCUUUACACAGGCUUGGACCCAGGAGCAGAGACCCCACAGGGUGCUGUGUUGGGACCAGGAGCCUCCUGGCCUGCGUUUUGAGCUUUGUGCUUAGUUUAAAUACCGUGCUUUGCUUGAAUCCACUGUAAGUAGCAGGUGGAAAAAUACUGUCCCUGCCUGAAAACGAAAGGAGAACUUGGCUUACUAAACUGAAUAAAUAUAGCCUGGACAAAAGAGCAAACCUACCCCCACCUAAGAAUGAAAACAUCACCUCGGAAUAGAGAAUCCCAGUUAACGGUAACCAUAUUUGGCAAACACAAGCACUAUUAUUAAUAUGCAUUACGAG